AUGGAUGAUUUGGGUGCAGUUUCUGAACCCUCUGUUCAAACAGAAAAAGAAGAUAAUAAAUCAAAGUCACCAGAGACAGAGUUACCGCAGCCUCCAGAUUCUAAUCCAACAGUUUCUGAAGCCUCUGUUCAAACAGAAAAAGAAGAUAAUAAAUCAAAGUCACCAGAGACAGAGUUACCGCAGCCUCCAGAUUCUAAUCCAGCAGGUCAGCCUGCUGAAGCUUGGAAAAGUGGGCUAUGUGCUUGCUGCAAUAAUCCGUGCAAUGGUGAUACUCUCUCUCUCAAACUCAGUGGUUUCAUUUUGAACUACACUAAUGAAGCAUGUUGUACUAGUACAACGCUUUACAUGGGGAUGUGCUUGGGGAUAGGCUUAUGCUGCAAGUGGAAGUAUGGGUUAUGUGAACAGACAGCAGACUACCGAACUAAACUGAGGAGAACGUUCAACCUUGCUGAGGGUCCUGCACUGGACUGGGUCACUCAUUUAUGCUGUCAUUGUUGUGCUCUCUGUCAAGAAUACAGGUAA